AUGGACAUGAGCUCGAGCACCGACAGCACAGAGUGCAAAAUCUCGAUGCUGUUCAACUGGUACACCAUCGACGCAUGUUUUCUCUCAACCGAAUGGCAUAUAAAGAAUAAUGGAAUGUUCGCCGCGACUUGCGUUGGAAUUAUCCUGCUCGUUAUCCUUGUCGAGGCCUUUCGUCGGCUUGGCAAGGAAUACGACAGCUUCCUGACCCGCCAAUGCCAGCGCCAAGCCGCGGUGCUCGCUGCCAAGAAGGAUAAUUGCGUGAGCAGGACCAACACAGUGGGCCUCGGUCUCAAGUUUCGCGUGACGCCUUUGCAGCAACUCGCUCGGGCAUUCCUUCACGCAUUGACAUUCGGGGGUGCAUAUAUCAUCAUGCUGUUGGCGAUGUACUUCAACGUUUACGUUAUUAUUUGCAUUUUCAUCGGUGCCGGUCUGGGCAAGUUUUUUUGCGAUUGGAUGGUUGUUACCGUCGGUGUCGAUGCUUUGUAUGAUGAAGUUAAGGGCGUGGAGGAGACUACUGUAUGUUGUGGCUGA